AUGCACUUUAAUGGCAACCUUGCUUUGAUACCAUUUAAAAAGAUAGAUAGAAUGUUUGCUUUGCCUGCAUAUAGUAUUUAUAUGGCUUUAUUAACUAACUUAACAUAGCUUAACAUAUACAUAAAUAUGAGUUGACACACUGGCACCUUCCUUAGCAGAGUCCCUUGCUGGUCUUUUCUCCAACUCCAUUAAUUGCACUGUUGGAUGAUUAGUUUUCAUCUGCCGGUUGGUGGAGCCUGCUCCGGUUCUAUUGUAAUUCGGUUCCCUGAUUGCCUGUUUGUGUUGCCCCCCCAGCGACGGAGUUGUAGGUAAAGUUCACUUACGCUUCUCGUGAGAACGUCGUUGAGCAUCGUCUCGUAGACACCACAAAAUGGCUUUUGCUCCCACUUUCCGCUUCGAGCCCUCCUCCAAUGAGCUCACCCUUCGCCCUUCUGCAGCUGCGGUGGCCCUGGCCACAAAAUACCGCCAGCAGACCACUGCCAUUGUGAGGAGGACACAGAGGCCUGACGUCCUUGAGGCUGAGGCGAGGGCUAGAGCCUGUCAGAAGGGGGACGGCUCUGACCAAAUGGUGCUGGCUGAGACCGAGCUCCAGUUUGGCCAGUACUGCGGCCAAACCUUUCGGUGGCUGCUGGGAAACGAUGUGGGGUACGCCGUCUCCAUAUUGGCGGCCCGUCAGAAGCAGACAGAGGAAGGGCUGACCAUGACAACGACCCUCAUGGCAAACAAGGACGCUCUUGCCUCCUACGCAAGGCUUUUCCCAUCCAUGGUGACAGCCGUUGCCGGGCGUAGGUUGCGCGAGAGCUCCAAGCAGAGUACAAGUGAGGUGGGUGACACGCUGUUGGGGUUUGGUGAGCACGCGCACCGUUCGUACAAGUCCUUGUACAACGCGAGGGACCGGCAGAGUCGAACCUAUGUCGAUUGGUUACGCAAGCAAAAGAAGAUAGGAGCUGGGUCCAGGAUGGAUGCCUUCCAGAAGUAUGUGCUGGCCCGGGACAAACAAUCAGAGCCAGCACACGGACUCCCACAGCCAGGCACCUCCUCCUCCGACCCAUCUGACGCUGAGUUGCUUGCCGCUGCCGCCGAGGUCGACUCUCCCAGCACGUCCAGGGACACCCCAACAGCUGGGGUCCCCUCUUCCUCUCUCUCCUCCUCCGAGCAGCCACUGGAAGGGCCAGGGCCAGGACUGAUGGCUCCUCAGAAACCUGCCUCCGGCAAAGAGCUGCUUCCCGUCAGCUGGAGGCAGACGCUGCCAGAAGAGCAGCAGGAGUGGGUGGGCCGGGCGCUGUUCCAGAGGGAACCCAGCAGCGGGAAGGGGGUCCUCACCACACCGCUCAAACUGUGGUGGCACCCACCUGGCGCCCAGCCCCUCUACACACAGCCCCCCGCCAAUGCUCAUGCCUUUUUCCAGCGCCCCUUCUUUCUGUGGAUGCCCUAUCGGAUGUGGGCAUAUCGUCUGAAGUGCCCUGCCGAUGGGCGGAAACUGAUGGGCGCUGGAUUAUAUAAGACCGUCCGGAGGGUCUUGGACAGGAGUGGGUGGUACUUUAUGGCCACAGAGUGCCUUGAGUGCCCUGCCUGUCAUAAGAAGAUUGUGAGCUGGUCACGGGACAUCUUAGACCAGCUGGAUGUCUCGCACCGCGAGCAAUUCCCAGCUGUUCUCACAUACAAGUUGUCCUGCGACAAGGCGGUGAUAGGGCUGUUGAAGGAGCGCACCCUGGGCAACGGUGUGGCUCGCCUCCGUGCCUACCUGGUGGAGCAGCACUCCAGGGAGUGGAUGGUGCGGUCGGUCCAGUACCUCUCCGUGCUUCGCAAGCUGAGGGCACCUGGAGCAGCACCAGAGGAGGUGUCGAUCCCAGACCUCGUGAAGGUGCCCGGACUCGCCUGGUUCGGCUGGGUGUACGUCCUGGAUGCCAUGACCAGGCUGGAUGACACCAAGGCCAGGGUGACGUCCAUUUUUGGUGACAUUCUUAAGAUGGACUCCACCAAGAAGAUCACUAAAAAGCUUGCAGGCGCUGCCGCCGACUCGGCCGCCUGGAUGACCAACGUUGGCAACGAGUAUGGGCAGGUACUAGUGUCCGUCCUCACGGCAGCCGAGGGGGACGGACUGGCCAACAUGGCGGCCGGCCUGAUGCAGCGGUACCGCAAAGCCGGAAAGGCCCCUCCCAAGGUCAUGUACGUGGACCAGGACUGCUGUGCCACCGUGGGUACGCCAUCAGUACACCACAUGUUCCACGAGUGGCACGAGCUGGUGGUCAGGCUCGACGUGGGGCACCUCAUGCGUCGCUUCGCGAGGGGUGUCACCACAGACAGCCACCAGCUCUACGGCCUCUUCAUGUCGAGGCUGUCCUUUGCCAUUUUCGAGUGGGACGCUGAAGACGUCGCCCGCCUGAGAGAGGCCAAGCAGUGCGUGGAGGAGAGGGACGCCCACAUCAAGCUGUCCGCCAUGGAGCUCGCUCGGCAUUGUCGACGCCGUACAAGGGGUGCGGCGGAGACAGAGCGGCUCCUCCGGGAGGUGCUGGACGCCUUCUGGGACAUGACGGACACCAUGGGCGUCCCGUUGAUCGACCACGCCCGCAUGGAGGAGAUCUGGAACCCACAGCGCCGUCACCUCGACUGCAUCCAGGACCCGGAGGGGGUGGAGCUGUACACCAAGACAGGUGAGCUCACCAAGGGCGGUGUUAGGCUCCCCAUCUAUCGGUGCGCACGUGGCUCCACUUCCCUCGAGUCCUUCCACCUGCACCAGUGCCGCUUCAUUCCAGGUUCUUCUGCGAGUGACAUACACUUCCAGGUGCACCUGCUGGAGGGCCUGGUGCGGUGGAAUGAAGACCGUGGACGAGCGGCAGUCCAGGGAGGUCAACGAUCGGCGCUGCGGUGCUACAGUGCCCAGCUGCAGCACGCGUUCAACCAGCUGGCGCAGGAGGUUAAGGGGCUCAAGCCGGUUGACGACUACACCCAGCCCAGGGCGUACACAGGGGAACUCUUGGGGGUGGAGUAUUUGUACUCCCAGUCGGGCGCUGUGCUGCAGCAGUGUCCCAACGCUCCUGAAGGGACCGACGAGGACUACGAUGACGACGGCAUGCUGACCGAUGAGGAGCCAGAAGAGAUCCGUCUCCUGGUCCAUCACGACACUCUCCUCCAGGAGCCCCACAGUGUGCCUGUGCCUGAGGCCUCAUCAUUCCAGUUGGGACCUCCCCCACCCCCCCUACCCCCCGAGGACGACAGGAUGGAGGUGCAGCAGGAUGAGGAGGAUGAAGGUCACGCUCUACAGAUGGAGGAGAAGGAUGCAGCAGGACAAGAGGGUGCUGGAGGAAGCGAAAGGGAAGCCCAAAAGUGUUUUAUAGCGCUGCCAUGCUCAGUGGAGCUGAUCCCAUCAGCAGAACAAUAUGGAUGAGGAAUCAGAUUUUUCUUUAUUGCCAUUAGACGAACGAAAUGUUGUAUGGCUUCCUCCCCAACAAUUUAAUUCAAUUGAAUUCAAUUUUAUUUGUACAGCGCCAAAUCAUAACAUACAUUAUCUCAAGGCACUGUACAUAGACAACAUCAAGGAGAGCAGAUCUAAUGUAGUACGCAGUGAGGCUGCUGUACUAUCAACAAGGUUAUCUAUGAGGGCGGGAGUAAAAUCACAAAAGGUACCUUCAGAUGUACUGACAUAUGGCACCGAGUUAAAUAAAGGUUGCACUGUCUCGAAUGUAUUAAUAUUAUCAGACAGGCACCUGCUGUAGCUGUAUUUCUUAUUUAUGUUAUUGUAGUUAAUUAUUGUACAAUUAAAUGUGAGUAAAUAAUGAUCAGUAAGGAGAGGGUUUUGAGGAACUAUGUUUAAGUUAUCAAUAUCAAUACCGUAAGUUAAAACAAGGUCGAGGGUGUGAUUAAGGCAAAGAGUUGAUUUAUUUACGUGUUGAAUAAAACCAUUUGAUUCCAACAGCGAGUUAAAUGCGCAGCUAAGACUAUGACGGUCAACAUCUACAUGGAAGUUGAAAUCCCCUACAAUUAUGAUUUUAUCUGUCUUAAGCACGGACUCAGAUAAGAACUCAGAGAACUCUGAUAGGAACUCUGAAUAAGGUGCAGGUGGACGAUAAACUGUGACUAUCUUUUCUGUCAUUUCCAACUAGGAUGAGAUAGAUUAAGAAUAAGGCGUUCAAACGAUGAAUAUACUGGUUUGGGUUUGGGAUUGAUUAAUAAUCUAGUAUUAAAAAUGACUGCUACACCUCCUUCUCGGCCUGAGCUUCUAGGAAUAUGGGUAUCAGCAUGAGUGGGUGGAGUUGACUCAUUUAGACUAACGUCAUCUUCUUCAUGUAACCAAGUGUCAGUUACACAGAAUAAAUCAAUACAAUUGUCAGAAAUUAGAUCAUUUAUUAAAACAGAUUUUGAGGAGAGAGACCUUAUAUUUAAUAGUCCACAUUUAAAAGUGGUAUUAUUUGACUCUAUAUUAUUGUUGGUAUUAAUCUUUAUUAAGUUAGAAUGUCUAACUCGUCUUCUGUUUGUUAUUGAUUUAUUUACUUUAUUUACUUUAGUUUUUACUUUAGUAGGUUGAGGGGCAGACACAGUCUCUAUGGGGUUUUUAAUUGGUGACUGCUCGAAAAGAAGCACAGAGAAGCAUGAAAGACUUUCUGAUCUGAUUCUGAAAUGGUGUCAGUAUUAUUGUAUUAACAUUUAAUAACAAGAAAUGAAGGUCUCUCAGUAUCAUCAUUAAAGUUUUAUUGUUUUCUCAUAAUUUUUGCAGCACUCUGAUUCACUUUAACUGCUAAAUGUAAUGCCCUUGAAGUAUACACACACACACACAUUGUAGCAUGAUUUAGUGGUCUGCUUGCCUUAAAUGGC